AUGAGGAUAAUCAAGCUAGAAAUGUGAAAAAUAAAUAAAUAAAUUCAUAGCAGCACAAAAGUCAAAGAGUCUUGUAAUAUGUUUGUUAAAUACAUAAAUAGUUGUCAUAUGAUGAUAACUAGGAAUGAUCUAUCAAGUGAUUGUCAUCCAUGGCAGCCGAUUAUCAAUACAACAAUCCCUUGCUGGAGGACUUCCUCUUUCCUCCUUAUGAUGCCAUCCAGCCCAAGCACGUCUCCCCUGCCAUCCUCUCACUCUUGGACCAGCUUGAGAGUAAUUUGGUUGAGUUAGAGACUAGAGGAGAACCAACAUGGCCAAAAUUGGUGGAACCAUUGGAGAAGAUUAAAGACAGAUUAUCUGUUGUUUGGGGGAUUGUGAACCAUCUGAAUGCUGUUAUGGAUUCUCCUGAACUUCGUUCAGCCAUCGAAGAAGUCCAGCCAGAGAAGGUAAAGUUCCAGCUUAGAUUGGACCAAAGUAAACCUGUAUACACUGCAUUUAAAGCCAUUCGACAAUCUUCUGAAUGGGAGAGCUUGAACGAGCUACGAUUUGCAAGUGUGGAUUUGGAGCUCCAUAAAAAUUAUAUUCCAGGUGGGCUAGAAUCUGUCUUUGAUAUUGAUCAAAGAGUGAGUAGAAAGACACAAGUGAUGCCCCUACAACCAGAGGACAGAUUCCUCUGUAGUUUCAGUCACAUAUUUGCAGAUACAUAUGCAGCUGGUUACUAUUGCUACCAGUGGGCAGAGGUAUUAGCUGCCGAUGCUUUCUCGGCAUUUGAGGAGGCUGGCUUGAAUAAUGAAAAGGCUGUCAAAGAAACUGGUAUCAAGUUUCGAGAAACUGUUCUAGCACUUGGUGGUGGAAAAUCACCCCUCCAGGUUUUCAUUGACUUCAGGGGACGGGAACCAUCACCAGAGCCACUGCGUAGGUAUUAUGGCCUAAAACCAGCCCUUGCUGUUUCCUGAGACCUUCAUAUAAGAGUUUGAACGCAAGUACUCCAAGGAAUCCUUCAGCUUACUGAAUCUUUUCAUUCCUUUUAACAUUGGAAAACGCUUAAAUCUCGUAUGUAGUAAAAAAAAUGGUUAAUGCUCGGUAACUGCUUGUUUAUCAUAUACACAACCUGAUCCAACAGUUAAAUAAAAUAAGCUAAAACUAUUUUAAGAUUUUA